AUGUUAUUCAAAUGGUGGUUCAUGGACACACCUGGCACAUGUAACGAUCCUAGGCCAUUAUUUGCGAACUAUACGUCCACAUUUAUUAGUCCUUAUCAACGAAUGACCUAUGGAGGGUACAGUGGAAGUAUUGGACAGCUCGACGGAAUGAAACGCGGCAAUGUCACUCUCCUUUACUGCACCAAUUUCAAUGACGAGAAGAUAUCAACCAUUGCCAAUUCUCCAAGCAUCACUCCUCUAUCAGAUUUCGACUGGCGCACCACCGAGCCCCUCAAGCUGCGACCUUUCAAACCAGUAUACCACAUGACAAUGGGUACAAAACUCCCUCUGAAUUCUGCUGCCGAUUCAUUCUAA